CUGUUUGGGACCGGGUGGGAGGAUCGGAAAGUUUGCAGAGGGCGAGAGACUUGGAAGGCUGCAGACUCUCCAGCGGAAGGGGAGACGAGAUCCGAGGGAGGCGGAGGGAGCCGCAGGGGGAGGAAAAGGGGGUGGACCCCCAAGGCUGAGCGUGAAGCUGGAGUUAGCAACCCAGAGAGACAGAAGGAAAGAACUAGAAAUUCCGAGGCUGAGGGAAGGGCUAGUCGUGGGUAAAAGCGCUGAGGCGGAGACGGAAGCCUCGGCGGUCGAGACUCAGGCACCCGCAGAGAACGCUUCGGAUCCGUCACGGUUUUGCCUCAUUUGGAAGAUAUUACUUCGCCCCUGAAAAAAAAUAAAUACAAAAAAGGCAGAUGCCGCCAUGCAGCACUACGGGGUGAAUGGCUAUUCCCUACAUGCUAUGAAUUCACUCAGCGCCAUGUACAACCUGCACCAGCAGGCAGCCCAACAGGCCCAGCAUGCCCCUGACUACCGGCCAUCAGUGCACGCGCUCACACUGGCUGAGCGCCUAGCUGGCUGUACAUUUCAAGACAUCAUCUUGGAGGCCCGCUAUGGCUCCCAGCACCGCAAACAGCGUCGUAGUCGCACGGCAUUCACAGCCCAGCAGCUUGAGGCCCUGGAGAAGACCUUCCAGAAGACUCAUUACCCAGACGUGGUGAUGCGCGAGAGGCUGGCCAUGUGUACCAAUCUGCCUGAGGCCCGUGUGCAGGUCUGGUUCAAGAACCGCAGGGCCAAGUUCCGAAAGAAGCAGCGCAGCCUGCAGAAGGAACAGCUCCAGAAGCAGAAGGAGGCCGAGGGUUCCCACGGAGAAGGCAAGCUGGAGGCCCCAGCCUCAGACACCCAGCUGGAGGCAGAACAGCCUCCCAGUCUGCCCAGUGGUGACGCCCCUGCUGAGCUUCAAUUAAGCCUGUCGGAGCAAUCAGCCAGUGAGUCAGCCCCUGAAGAUCAGCUGGACCGUGAGACGGACUCCCGGGCUGGGGCCGAGGAGCCCAAAGCUGAAAAGAGCCCUGGAUCUGAGAGCAAGGUGCUGGGCUGCAAGAGGGGCAGCCCUAAGGCAGAUUCCCCAGGCAGCCUGCCCAUAACUCCCGCAGCGGCAGGGGGAGGCCUCCUGGGCCCUUCUCAUUCCUACUCGUCUCCGCUCAGCCUCUUCCGUCUACAGGAGCAGUUUCGCCAGCACAUGGCGGCCACCAACAACUUGGUACACUACUCAUCUUUUGAAGUGGGAGGCCCCGCGCCUGCUGCGGCUGCAGCUGCGGCUGCUGCGGUACCCUACCUAGGCGUCAACAUGGCCCCACUGAGCUCACUACACUGCCAGUCUUACUACCAGUCCCUGUCAGCAGCUGCAGCUGCCCACCAGGGUGUCUGGGGGUCCCCAUUGCUGCCGGCGCCCCCUACAGGCCUGGCACCUGCCUCAGCUGCCCUGAACAGUAAAACCACGAGCAUUGAAAACCUCCGCCUCCGGGCCAAGCAGCACGCAGCCUCCCUGGGACUCGACACACUUCCCAACUGACUGGCUUCCAACCCAGCCAUGGUCUUGUGUGUUCCCCUGUCUCAGUCCCAUGGUUAUUCCCAGAAGGCUCUCCAAGAACUAAUCUUGAGAGUUCAAGGGAUGCUGGGGCCUGGAGUCCUCUCACCCCGGGUCCCUUCUUCAGAGUCCCAGCCCCAGGUGAAACCCACACACCCUCUGCAUGACCCUGCUUGGACCCCGUGGAGGUCAAACGGGGAGGAGGUGAGCAGCUGGCUAGAUCCCCUCCUCAGUAUUGCCUCCUCCCUCCUGGCCCUCCCCACUAGUAAGUUGAUGUGUGGAAUGUGAGAUAUAAAUAUAAAUAUAUAAAACUAUAUUUUCAGGCAUUGCCUGCCCCAGGCCCCUUCCCCUGCUCCCAUCACAUUGCCAUUGCUACCCUUGCCUCUGAAAUUCACUCCAGCGCCCUCUUCUCUCUCUCUCUCUCUCUCUCUCUCUCUCUCUCUCUCUCCCCCU